UCUACCAUACACUUUAAGGAGGAUGGUCUAUUGAUUAGCUGUAAUCAGAUGUCAGCCGAGUAUCUUUUCAUGACCGACAAGCAGUAUGACAUCAGCUACGACACCGGCGACAAGGUCAUCCAGUGCGGCCGGCACAACGAUAUCUUCAAAUUGUGGCUACAGUGGCGCUCCAAGGGCAAUGAGGGAUUCGAGCGUCAGCAGGACCGUUUAAUGCAACUUGCUGAGUAUCAAGUGAAGCGCAUCAGGGAGCAGUCAGAUCGCUUCCAUCUGAUACUCGAGCCAGAGUUGGUGAAUGUUUCUUUCUGGUAUGUACCAAAGCGUUUGCGCGGCGUUCCACACGAUAAGAGGAAGGAAGCUGAAUUGGCAAAGAUUUGCCCCGUCAUCAAGGGGCGCAUGAUGCAGAAGGGUACAUUGAUGGUCGGCUAUCAGCCAGACGAUCGGCGGCCAAAUUUCUUCCGUUCGAUCAUCUCGUCUGCCGCAGUCACCGAGCAGGAUGUUGAUUUUAUGUUGGAGGAAAUGCAUCGGUUAGGUGACGACUUGUAAAGGAACACACACACACUAAAUGAUCUGACGCCGCUGGUUCAGCUCACUUACAUACAUACAUAUGUAUAUGUAUGUAUGUAUGUGACUGUACAGUUGCAAUCCAAAGCAGAGCUACAGGCUGGGCCCUAUGGAAGGAGGUGGAGGUGGAAAAAAACAGUUCAAUUAACGAAAAAUUAAGCAGACGAAAAACGCAAACAAGCAACAAAACAAAAAAAAAAAUGUUAGAAAAUAUUAGAAAUUAUUAUUUAGCAAAAAAUCUACAUAUAUCAACCAAGAACUAUCUUUAAGGUAAAAGCAUAUCAAAAGAAUGUUGUUGGCGCUCAAGUGGCGCAUCCAUUUUCAUUAUACAUUUAGUGACUAUAUACAUAUACUAUAUAGUUGUUAUCAUUAUGAUCAGAUGUAUACUCACGC